AUGUCAAUUGAGAUUCCAAAAACCAUGAAAGCCAUCGUCCAACAGGACAAGGAACGAUGGAUCUCAAUUCAAGAGAAGCCCGUCCCUCAAUUGGAAGAGAAUGAAGUACUGAUCAAAGUGGACUACGCAGCUCAAAACCCAACAGAUUGGAAGCAUGCCUAUAAAGCAUCCGAGCCAGGUGUAAUCAACGGCUGCGAUUUUGCAGGCACCAUAGUCAAAUUAGGUUCAAAUCUCAAAAUACCUUUGCAGAUUGGAGAUAAGAUCGCUGGAUGUACACAUGGAGGAAUCUAUAAGGAUCGAGGAAGUUAUGCACAAUAUGCUAGGAUCGAAAGCGAUAUGUGCUUUAAGAUUCCUGAUGGUCUUAAACCUGAGGAGGCAGCUACCUUCGGUGUUGCUUGGGUGACCGCUUGUCAGGCCAUUUUGGAAAGUCAAAAACACGCUUUCCCACCUGAAAAAGUACCUGAGGGAUCAUGGUACAUAAUCUACGGAGCAUCAUCUUCUGUCGGUCUAUUCGCUAUUCCCUUAGCCAAAGCAUUAGGCUACAAAGUCAUGGGUGUAUGUUCGCCCCAUUCAUUCGAUCUGAUCAAGUCGUAUGGUGCGGACGCAGCUGUCGAUUAUCACGACAAGGAAGCUGCCAUCGCAAAAGCAAAGGAGAUUACAGGGGGUGGUGUUCCCCUGGCAUUCGAUACGAUCUCGGAGAGUGAAACUUGGAAAAUGACAGUGGGAAUGAUGGGCGAUAAAGCAAAACAACUCAAUCUCAUACUUCCUCCACCAAGUGAGGAAGAUAAGCAAAAGUAUGCUAAGGGUGUUACGAUCGAUUGGACUUUGAUGUAUACUUUGUUUGGUAGAGAAUUCAACUUCGCUCCUGUAGCUCCUCAACCAAUGAUCAUACCCGCUAAACCUGAGGACCGUAAAUUCGGUGAAGAAGUAUUUGCCAAAACUCCCGAACUCAUCACCAAAUACGGUAUCAAGCCUAAUCCGAUCGAUCUGAGAUUAGGUGGUUUGGAUGAUGUAUCAAAUGGAUUUAAGGAGAUGAAGGACGGCAAAGUGUCUGGGAAGAAGAUCGUAUAUAAGAUCGCUUGA